AUGUUGAUCAAGAUUUUCAGAGAAUUCAACACUUCAAUUAGAGCCAAAAUGAAUCCAGAAAGGCAACUUCUCUUACUCGGACAUUUCGGUGGUCAGUUUACCGGCUUCAUUCACAUCGAACCAGGCCAUAUUCUGUCGCAAUACGGCCGCAAAAUAGCGUUUUCGGAUGUGAUGGAUUUGACGUUCGCAGAGGAUAUGCCAGCAUGA